AUGGGAAUGGACCGCUACAAACAAUUUUUACGCAGCCAAGCUGUUGUGUAUGUUGAUGGCAGUCCACCACCAGUGACAAAUGAUUUACUUAUCAAUUUUAUUGCUUACUGUUAUCAUUUUUUAAAACUUAAGUAUCAAACUAUCAAGUUAUAUCUAUGUGGCAUUCGUUUCUUUUAUAUUAGACAUGGAAAAGAUUCACCUUUAGAGUCAAAAUUAACAAACGCUAAGGUAUACACAUUCCUUAAUUCAGUAAAAAGAUUGCAAAAUAAAGAAAAACGGGAAAGGCUCCCGAUAGAUAUUGUUUUAUUAAAAAAGAUAGUUCAAAAAUUGAAAGAAGGUUGUUUCGGAUUGUAUGAAGACAUUUUAAUGUCAUGUUGUUGUAGUGUUGCAUUUUUUGCCUUUUUAAGAUGCGGAGAAUUUACAGUGAAUGAGAAAGCGCCAAUCAAUUACAGCACACUCAGAUUAGAAGACAUUAAGGUUAACGAAGAAUUUAUCAUUUUACAUCUAAACCAGUCAAAAUCUGAUCCUUUUAGAAAAGGUAUCGAAAUUUUUGUAUAUGCCACACACAACCAAGUCUGCCCUGUAGCAGCACUCAAAAAAUAUCUGAAGUACAGGGGACAUUCUAACUCAGAUGCCCUCUUCAUCAUGCAAAAUGGAUCACCAUUGACCAGAACAAAAUUCAUAAGUAACUUAAAACAUGUUCUCAGAAGUAUUGGUAUGGACGAUUCUAAGUAUAAUGGUCAUAGCUUUAGAAUUGGUGCGGCUACAACUUGCGCAAAAUUGAGGAUCGAAGAUCAUUUAAUCAAAACACUCGGUCGUUGGUCAUCAGAUUGUUACACAACUUACAUUCACACCGAUAAAACUACUAUUCAACACGCACAAAAGGCCAUGUCAAAUUUAUAUUAGGUAUAUUAAAGCAUAACAUAGUUUGCUUGCGUACUUCACGUUUCGAAGUUGAAUUUACCUUCUCGAAUGUCAUUGACACACUUGUAGAAACGCGUGUUGCAUUAGCUGCAUUUGCAUUUUCUUGUAAAUAUGUACAGUGAACCAGCU